AUGGAAGAGCCAAAGGCGUCACGCCAAAGGGCGACUGGAACAAAGCCGCGUAAACGAAAGAGCGGCAACAGCGGCAAGAUUGACAAGCAUUUCUGGACAGAAACAGAGACUCAGUUCCUUUUUGCGUAUCUGCAAUGGAGCGUGAACCACCAAGUGGACUUUUUUCGCGUUGCGAUGCCGAGAUUCAUCAAGGCUACUGGCUGCGAGUUGAGAAAACAGCAGAUUGAAAAUCGACUAAGGCUUCUUCACCAGAGCCGCAGACUUUCUGGGGUUGCUUGGCGGGAAUUUUUGAAGACUGGGCCGGGUGCUUUGAGACUCCCCGAUGAGACAGUUGAACAAUUUAAACGCAUCCUUGAGAGCAUCCCCAGCCCCGAUGCAGAGCCUUGUUCUCUCACAAGGACUCUAGAGCAAAUCGAAGAAUCUGAGAUUGGAAAAGGCGAUGCAAUUGCCUUCCUGCCAACUUCAGAGCACGAACAGCAAAUGGAAGUAACUGACGACGAUGGCCCACGCAAUGAACAACCUGCCAUUACAUGCAACCCUUUCUGCGAACAGUCUGUCCCAUCUGAGGGAGAUCACAAGCAGACCCCGGCGAACAUGUCCGAUUCUAACAAAAGAAAGAUCUCGGAACUCGAAAGCCAGCUCUUUGUCUCCCAGAACGAAACUGCACGAUACAAACGGCAGUUAGAGGAGCUACCCGACUGUUCUCUAGAUGCUGUCGCCAUAAACACCCUCAAGGGCUACUUUGAAACGGACAAGAGACGGCUCUCGCUGGAGAAGGCUUUCGAUGUUAAUAGUCCGCGUAUGUCGGAUGACAAGAUCUCCCAUGCCUAUGCGGUUCUUUUUGAACAAAUCCAAAGUGCUUGCUCACACAUCGUUGAGCAGCUUUUGAACGAUGUGGUGCCUGAUCCAGAAUUCGACUUCUCUGAGCUGGCGAAGCUGUGGGCUUACCAGACCUUCAAAAAAGACCUAGCCAAAUCUCUUCAGCAUGACGUCGGAAAGAUCUACUCUAAAGAAGAACUGCUCGUUGGUCUCAUCACCGCUGCAUUGAUCGAGCAUGUCUUUGAGCCGACGUUCCCUGGUCUCCUGCAGUCCUCGUGGCUUACUUCGAAUCCGUAUCGAGAUUUCAUUCUCAAAACUCCCCGUGCAGAAGGAGCCAACGCGCUGCACAAGGCUGACUAUACCACGUUACCCAUUUUGAUGUCGCAUCAAAAGUCUAGUAUCAUCAACGCAAAGGUCGGGGAAUUACACCAAGUUCUUUCGAAAUCUCUGGAACCCUUCUGGAAUUCUCGAGUUUUCCACAAACCUCAAAACAUCGCGGACGACAAUGAUCUCAGCAUAAUAGAAAUGCCAACUCAAAGUCCAGACCUCCGACAAUUCUUACACUCGGCUGUGGAGCUCAAGUACAAAUUGACAGCUUCCACCACGCGACUGAAGUUUCUUUACUUCCAACCCCAAGAUCUGUUCGACGAGAAGCGGAUGGUUAGAUGCAAGGGAUCUGACCCUAAUGGCUGGAGGAUCAUUGCCUGUUUUUUCCCUGCUUUGCUGCACCCACCUCCCCGGCCUGCGAACACGAGUUCGGAUGAGGAUAUUCUCGAUUGUAAUAUCCACUACAAUAUGUACUUCACAAAGUUCUUGGCUGGAAACCCCUUGUGUUUGGACGUGGCGGCCAAAGCAAUUGUGCUGACGUAG